AUGAAUAAACAGCAGUUCAUUCCAGUCAAUCUCUACUUCCAUACUAACAAACAGGAGUGGAGAGCAAGAUAUAUUGAUAAUGGAGUAAAGAAGGCUAAGCACUUUUCUUGUAAACGCUACAACUACAAGAGAGCCUAUUUGCUGGGAACUGUUUUUAUGAGAUAUCUACACAAUGAAGCUGAUUUACCUAGCAACGAAUUUUUAACUCUUUGGCUUUCAGUAGUUCAGAACUUUAAGAGUUUAGAAGAGAAUUAUAAACCCAAAGAGCCAGUAAAUAAAGAGUGCAGAUUUAGUUCCAGAAUAAGGCGUACUACACAGACAGAAAAUGUCCAAGUGGAGAAUUUGAAUGAAGUUUUGGAUUAUCUUCACGUUGACAAUCGUGAGUUUAUGAACAAGGUAAUCGAUGAUGUGGAGUUUAAGACUUUUAUUUCAAAGCCAUCAUCACCAAGUAUACCUGAUAUACAUAUUGGAGGCCUAAGAAAUGAUGCUGAACAGCUCUACCAGGCCUUGAGCAAAUAUAAAGCUAGGCCUAACGUUCCCAGUGACAACCCUCUGCGAGUUAAAGAGAUUAAGGUGGAGCCAAGUAAAAAUUCUCUCCACAAUACCUUCAUGAGAAUAUUUGGUAAGAUAUCUAACAGCAUUACUAUAUCCAAGAAUGUUAAGUUAGAGGAAUCAGAUCCCAAAGAUUCUUCUAGAGAAGGUACAUCAAAACCCAGUGAUGAUAAAGCUCCUGAUGAAUCGCAUGAUCGUAAAUCCAAUUAUGCAAAUUUUGACCUGAAAAGUCAGGUCUCACUUUUGAAGAGGAUUAAUAAUACACUUUUAAAAGAUGUUCACCCUUUAUUAGUAAAACAACUUGAAUCAGGAAAUACAAUGCACGAAAGUUUUGAUAUAUUUUCUAGUGACCCAUUAAAUACCCUAUUAGAUACGUUGGAAUCUAUAAUAGAUCAUAACAAACGUAUAAUAAAGAAGAUGUGUCCAGACAUGGAUUCUGAAGUAGAACAAUUUUGUCAUCCACCUUCGUUAAAGUAUCCCUUGGAUACAUUUUCGCAGGAUCUAAUAUGUGAUGUGAGGAUGUCGAACAUACUCGAAGAACCUAUUAUUAACAUGCAAAACCCGCGUAAUAGCCUUUAUGAUCAGGCUAAUUCGGGUUAUUUACCAAAGCCUUCUAAUCACUCCGCUAUAAUAAAGGAGGAGGAUAAUGAAAAAAUGGACGAUAAAAAUUUAAAACAAUCUAUGGAAUACAGAAAGAUUUGUAACGAAAAACUUCGAAGUUUAAUUGAGCAGACGGAAGAUUUAGAUUCCGAUGAUUUCUAUACUGUUGUUUCAAAGUGUAUAGAUGAUGAAUCCAAAGCAAUGAGCGAUUUGGAAUCUUUAAUUAAGAUUAGCAAUCGCACUGGAAAUAAACUACAGGAUGAACACAGUUUAUUAUUUGGUACAAAGCUUUAUGAUGUUGACGGAGAAUAUAGAAAUAAACACAUACAGGUCUCCUAUGUAAACGGCAAAAUAAUUCCAUCUUCAGCAAUGCAUCUUCAACACGAAUUUUCCAGAAAAGAUACCGGCAUAGUUUUACGUGGACGCGAUAAAAUUGAUGUAUAUUUUGAUGUAUUGUUAAAGAAUCUAACAAAAUACAAAAAUCAGGGAUCAUAUAUAUUACAGAUUUUGGGUACAAUGUCAUUUAUAGACAAAAAGAUCAAUUCGAUAGUAGCUCAGUACGAAAAGAUGCAUAGAGCUCUUUAUAGAUAUCAUAGUGAACACAAAGAUGCCGAUUCUACACAUGCUUUGGAGGAAUUGCUUAACCUGGAAGUUUUGCAUAUAGUCUGCGAAACUUUGAUUGAAACAAAGAUGAAGUUCAUCAAUCAGAUUUAUGGUAAUGUGAAUGCACAACUCGGAAUACUGCAUUCUAUUAUGCCUGCAAAAUACUAUGAUGCUUUCACCAGAAUUCUCUAUGGAAUUAAGUAA